AUGAUAGUGCCCUAUCUAUCAUACAUCCAGGAGACUUUAUCGCUACGCCAUGCAGACGUACCAGAAAUAUGUCAUCAGGAUGUUGGAGAGUGCGGGACUGGGUGCAAAACUCGCAGUGUGACAGUUGCAUGUGUAUUUUUUGAUGCUUUUGAGGAAAUUGCCAUCAUUGUCUGCCCUUGUUUACCCGCCCCACUUCAGCUUCUUUGUCGCAGGCUUUUUCCAUGCGCACCCGUGGCACCCUCCCUAGCAGUAGACUUACGGGUUCUCAAGUUCGUCCGCCUUCUCUUUCUUCGUCAGUCCCCCAACCAAACGGCUUGGUGUAAUGCAUUGGAGACCUUUCUCAAUGGAAUGAAAUACAAGUUGGCGUUGAAGAAUAGUUUGCGGUGUCGCUUCAGCAAUGUGUUUCACUGGUACCGGGUCUUGACUGUAUUGACUCAGGAGCACAUCUCUAUGUUCGUUGCUGGUGUACAGGAAGAUGGUGCUCGUAGGAACCAACCUAGUGAUUAUCUCCGCUCGCGGUGCCCACUCUGUUUUGGAGGGAACGAUUGGCAAAAUGGAGCGAGAGAUUCUUCUCCUAUGUCGUGCUUCACACAAAAAUGUUCUGCAAAUCCUCGUGGGGCUGCUGGUAGCAAUCCUCCCAACUUGACACUGUCUUUCUUUCUACCGACGGACAAUGUGAAAGCAAUGGAAGAUUUCAUUGGAAGGUGUUGCAGAGAAAGACGUCAAGCAAGGACCUCAAGGUCGGGGCCAGAUGAAGAUGGCUGUGAGGAGGGCAUGCACAUACCAGUAUCGGUCUUGAAUGGGUGCGAUGAAAAGCAGGAGAAGGCAAGUACUUGUUUCUUUACCGAUACUGGCCUCAUGGCACUGGUCUGUAGACAUGACCGUGUCCUAUGGAUCGCGAACAUGACAUCUGCGGGAGAAAAGCAACAUUAUGCGCUUGCUCUCUUAGACCGGUUAUUUAAACAUAUCCCUACUCUGAUGACUAUUAGACUUUUAUACGACAUCAGAUGCCAGCUCGAACAGAGCUGUCGCAAGUGGAAAUUCAUGGAUGAUUCUAUUAUAUCUCGCAUCGCAUUUGCUAUUGCUGUAUUCCAUGCUUAUGGUCACCAGUGGCCAUGUCAGAUAAUCUAUCACCCCAGGAAUUUCCUCAAGCCUCUCAUCCCUUCCUUGUGUGUUUCAGGGUCUAAUCAGCGACUUUUUGUCCUCAAUACGCAAAUUCGUCACUUAGACUCGAAAUCCUUGCAAGGAUUUGGACACUGGCUCCAUCGGCAUUGGAUCCACUGUCAAACGAAGAAGAAUGAUGCACUGGACCGUUUACACGACUUGGAGUUGGACGAGCAUAUGCUGCGAGCAGAGUGGAAGGCUCAGGUUGAUCACCAGACACGACCCGCACCAUGUAUAGACAAGGCAGCGGAGGUCAUCACUACUAUUCUAGCACUGGAGAAGACAUUAGAAGCUCAGGAGGCUUCCAUACAGGAACUUGAGAUGCGGCUACAUGGUGUCUGCAUCCCUGACAUUGGGGAAGUCAAUUUGCAGCUUGUAGAUGCUCGGUCCUGUCACAAGAGAACUGCUGACACUCUCCAGCAUUGUCAAGCUGCACUUGGAAUUGAGGAAAAGGUUAACCUGGAGAAGAUGAAGAAGGAUAUAUAUCUUACGGUUCGCUUGAAUGCUCGUGCAGUCAAAACUUGUAUUCGCAAUCAUCUUCAGCCUGGCAUCCUCAAAUUAGUAUCUACAUACAACGGUCUGUCACCCCCUUCUGCUGUCCCCCCUCAUAUCAUCCCGCGUGAUGGCAUUUUUUUGCUUGAUGUUGAUGAUGACAUUUGGCAAGACGUUGGGCUUGAUGAUGACACUUUGAACCCCCCAGCAUGGCUAUCGGACAACACUGUCAGGAAUGGUAUCCGGCUGCAACUUGAGGUUGAUCGAUGCAAUGAGGAGGAAGCUCGACUGAUGCGGGAGAGGGCUGUUAUUCAAGAAUGGACGUUAGCAGAGUGGGACAGCAUACAAGCUGCCUUGGAUAAAGCAGUGGCCGAUCCAGUGAUGUCGUUCCACCUUGGGGCUCGUGCAGAUGAACUUGUUCAGUCUAUUCCAUGUGCGUGGCCUAUGAUUGGGAGUUGGGGACCCUCUGAUGAAGUUUUGCUUCAAGCUGCUUAUAAUCAGGUACAAUCAUCAUUUCGGGAUGAGGAUGAUGACGAGACUAUGGAAGUAGAGGGAGAGGAUGAUUGUGAGAGUGACCUGGAGUAUGGUGAGAUUGAUGAUGAGGAACUAAUGGAUGCUAUCGAAGAGAUCGCAUUAGCAGAUGAGUAUAGGUAUGGCGAGAAUAUGGAGUUCAUGGAUGACUUGGAUGAUAUUGAUGAUGACUUUAUGCCUUCUUCCCCAAUCAAAUCGUUACACAAGCAGUGCCACAUGUAG